AUGGAAUCGAACAACAAAGGCAAAGUCUCCAUCUCCGCCCUCCUCAAACGCCUCUCCACCCGCGAAUCCACCGCCAGCGUCAAAGCCGAAGAAGUCGCCGCCGCCCUGGCCCUCGUCUUCAACGACGCCGUCUCGCCCGUCCAAUUCGCCCUGCUUCUCUGGGCCCUGCAUGUCCAGGAAGGCGACACGGACGCCAAAGUCCUCAGCCAAUGUGCCAAGGUGAUGCGGGAGGCGGCGGCGCAGGUGGAUGAGGUGGAGUUGAUUGAGGUGGUGAGGCGGAGGGGGAGGGGGGAGGGGAGGUAUGGGGGUGGAUUGUGCGACAUCGUAGGCACCGGCGGCGACGGCCACGACACCUUCAACGUCUCGACCACCUCUUCCAUCAUCGCCUCUGCUCUGCUCAUGAUGGCCAAGCACGGCAACAACAGUUCAACAUCCCUAUCCGGUUCCGCGGAUCUACUACAACAUGCGCCUAAACCGCCUGUAAUCGCUGCGACGAACCACGAGACGCUUCCGCAUAUCUACGAGAUGACGAACUACGCUUUCCUCUAUGCUCGCGAGUGGCAUCCGGGGAUGAAGUACGCUGCGGCUGUGAGGAAGGAGGUGCCUGUGAGGACGAUCUUUAAUUUGCUCGGACCCCUAGCAAACCCCGUGCAUGAUACUGGAUUAGUCGAAUGCCGGAUCCUAGGCGUUGCGCGAAAGGACAUCGGCAUGAACUUCGCCGAGGCCUUGUUAUUAGGCGGCGCGAAGAAAGCCAUGGUCGUGUGUGGCGAUGAGAACCUGGACGAGAUCUCCUGCGCUGGCGUGACACACUGCUGGUACAUCCAUACGGACGAUGACGAGGGUGCAAAGCCGACGAUCACGAAACUCAAGAUCUCACCUGAGGAUUUUGGCCUACCCACACACUCGCUCGAUGAUGUGCACGGCGGCAAAGGACCAGGAGAGAACGCGGAGAUUCUGAUGCGGAUAUUGAGGAAUGAGCUACCGCGCGAUCAUCCGGUGUUGUGCUUUGUGCUGCUGAAUGUUGCAGCGUUGCUUACGGUGGCGGGGAUCUGUGAGGCUGACACAAGUAGUAUGGGAGCUGGAGAUGAUGGGCAGGUGAUCAAGGAGAGAGGGCCUGGUGGAUUGAGGUGGAAGGAAGGACUGAGGAGGGCAAGGUGGUGUGUAGAGAGCGGAGCGGCGUUGAAGCAAUGGGAGGCGUUUGUUGAGGUGACGAAUGCGGUUGCUCGGUCGUGA